AUGGAAGCUUCCCCUAUGAUGGCCAGCGGAAAUGUCGGGGUACGGUCCGGCGGCUUGCCUGCGCGCUUCGCAGUGGCGAGCAUCAUCGACAAGCAGCAGCGCGAGAUCGGGCGGCUGAUGAUGGAGAACGAGAAGCUUCGCCGACAAUUGUCUGCCGUGCCACCGUUGAAGGGCCCGCCCACGCAGGUGGUUCGUCGGACUACACGAGGGCGCGAUCCCGAGGCGCCUGAUCCCGGUUAUCAGCUUUAUCAGGUUCCAGGGGCGAUCCUCGCAAUGUGUUACUAUCCGUUUGCGUCGGCAGAGAACAAACUGUGCAUCAUUUCCGUCGUCAUCGUAAUCCUUCUGCAAGCUGCAAUUUGCUAUCCGAUUGCGGUCCAGAAUUUGAAAAAGCACAAGGCCGCCAUGGCUGCCGGGAUUAAGCCAACUGCCGCAACCACCAAAAACGUCCAAAAAGAUCCAGAUGCCGACUCGGCUUGUUAUGUA